AGACGAUUUAUUUUAGAAAUGCUUUUUAACAAAGAAUGUUGUUUAAAUUUUACAUUUAUUUGAUUAUAUUAUUUACGUUUUUAUUCAGUUGGAUAUGUAUCAGUUUUUACACUGCUAUUCUCUUAACAAUCACAUUUUUAACGACGCUGGAAAUCCAUGAUCGGUUCGUACCGGUAGACGGAGUGCGUGCUGCGCAUUAUGGGAAUGACUGGGGCGCUCUGUUCAAGUCGUUCGUAAAACCCAACAGAUCAAAGAAGAGCAACAAAAAAGCCAAAAUGUUUAAAAAUUGGAAUCCAUUCCGCAAGAAAUCAGAGAAAGAUGGAACCAGUGUUAAACUACAGUCCUUCAAACAAGAACCAUCAACAUUUAAUAAAGAAAACUCAGUGAAUUUGAACCAAUUUUCAUCACAAUUUUCCAGCAUCAAAUCAGAAAAUAAACCAAGCCCCCGACCGAUAACUUUGGCAAGAAGAGGGUCUUUAAAAAUAACAAGAUUAAGACCAGUCUCAGAAAAUCCUAAUCAGCAUGAUAAUCGUUUAAAUAAAUCAUCUUUUAACUCAAGUUUUAAAAGUGACCGAAGUAAUGAUGUCUCCAUUUUUAAUGCAUCUGGACCUUUACUUUCAUCACCAUUUAUUCCACAAGUUAAACAAGCAUUGGGUUUUAAUGAUACCAUGAGUCCCUUUGGAAGUCCAAAUACCAGUCAUUCUAGAGUAAAAAGAUCUAACACUUUUCAUUAUGCACCAAGUCAUCCUACAACUACAACACCAGGAUCUUUACCAGUAGUACGUUUAGGUAGAAAAGACAGACAUUCUUUUAGAGAUCAAGGUAUCAAUAGUCCUAACACUGUGAAAAUAGCUCCUCCAGAUGUACAAAGAUUUCCUACCUGUAGAUUAACAUCUAUCAGAGAACGUAAUUCAUCAACUAGUUCCCAGACUCCAGAUACACAGGCGGUUGUAACUGCAUUACGAGAAAGAAGAAAAAGAUCUUAUGUCCAAAAUGAAGAUGCAAUCAUGGAAGAUAUUGAGUCUACACAACAAUCAAAGAGAAGGCGCCAGGAAAGUACUCAGUCGACAGCAUCAUCAGCUUCUCUUCCUGCAAUGCCAGACCAUCUUCCAGAUCUCUCAGAAUCAGGGUAUACCUUAAUGCCUAUUGAAAGUGUAGGUGUUAAGCGACCAGCAGCACCAAGUCGAGAAUCAUUUGAUGAACGUGAUGUUGAAGGUUCUGUAGCCAAGAGACCUAAGAAAGAAAAUCGUAACGAUCCCAUCAAAAGCUCUCUUAGAUCAAGUCAGCUUACAACAAAUAUAGAGGUAAACAAAAGAAGAACUAUUCCCAAGAGAAGACACAGUAUCAAUGUUUCUACUCGAUCUGAUUUCUCAAGAGCUGAAAAGAGUCUCAAAAUUAGUCCAGCUCCAUUAGAUACAAGUAUGAUUUCAUUAAGAAAUCAACCUACUGUUAUAUUACCAAGUGAACAGAUUGAUCUACCAGAAACAUUAAGAAAGAAUAAUGAUGAUUUAUUUAAUGGAUCAGAAAAUACAAGUAUAAAUAGUAGUCAAAAUGACACUGCUAACACAUCUUUAUCAACAGCACAGAGUAAAAGAUUAUUAUUUGAUGGUGUAAAACAGUCCACAAAGAAAAGACAACUCUCACUUUAUCCAAGUCUUAAUACAAGUUUUAAAAAGGUUCCCCUAGCUAAUGUUGUAGCAAGUGCUGAGGAUUAUGAAAAAGACAGAGAAGAAGAACAAAAACGUGUAACAGAUAUGUUGAAAGAAAUAACCGAGGAACAGGAAAAUAAAGAUAAAAAAGAAGAGAAACCGGUUUUAUCAGAAACAGUAGUGGUAUCUAGUACUACAACAAUGCCAGCAUCAACUGGUGUCACUACAACAUCAUCUGCAUUAUCUUUCCAGUCUGCCGGACAACCUAAUCCUUCCAUACAAACAUCAAAGCCUACCUCAGUGUCAACGCCUUUUAAUUUAGGUACACCCAUAGCUACAGAAGUAAAAGCUCCAACAUCAACCCCUGCACCAAACCCAACAACAACAGUAUCCAGUGUAAUAGUUUCAUCUGUAGCUGCCUCUACUGCAUCCUCUAAUUCAUCUACCGUUUCUUCAAGUCUCAGUACAAAUUUCAAACCAGUCUUUAGUGUACCAUUAACCACAGUUAGUACCAAUAAGUCAGUUUCAACUUUAUCCCAAGGUUCAUCUCUUGGUGGCACAGGCAUAUCAAAACCUGGUCCUUUACUUGGAAAUGUUCCAACUGCAACUGUGUUUGGAGCGUCUUUACCCUCAGGCCCACAAUUGAAUACCUCAACAGUUGGUUUGGGUGCACCAGUGUCACAAAAUUUGUCUUUCAAUUUAGGUGGUGCUACAACUACUAGUAAUUCUUUAUUGUCUACUAAACCUGCAGCAGAUACAAAUCCAGCGAAGGGUGGUUUUACUUUUGGACAAAUGGCAACAAGUCAACCUACGGCAAUGUCAUCAGGAUUUGGUCUUGCGCCGCAAGCAGCUUCAAACCCAGCUUCAGCUACUAAUUCCAACAACACUAGUACUCAGAGCAGUUUUACAUUUGGUUUGACUGAUGCAAGUAAUGUUAAGGCCCCACCAAUACAGCCACAAGUUACACAGCCUAGUUUUCAACAGGCAGAUUUUAGUUUUGGUCAGGGUACUACUGUUUCAUCAGCAGGAGGAUUUGGAUUUGGUGGAGCAACAGCUUUUUCAGCACUGUCAUCUCUGGCUGGUAUUUCAGCAGCUGAAACCCCUAAAACUGAUCCACCAGCAUACUCACAACACCAAAAUCUGACAGUUAGCAACACAUCUAGUGGUUUACCUAAACCAACUUUUAAUUUUAGCGCAACUCCAAGUACAUCAACAGUUGGAUUUGGAUUUGGUGGAGCAGCGGCUUUAUCGGCACUGUCAUCUCUGACAGGGAUUUCAGCCACUGAACCACCUAAAACUGAUCCACCAGCCUAUUCACUAAGUCAGAAUCAGACAAUUACCAGUACAUCUGGUGGUUUACCUAAGCCAACGUUUAAUUUUAGCGCAGCUCCAACUACAUCAAAUACAGGAGGAUCCAUUUUUGGAACUUCUGCAUCAACUACAUCAGGCGCAAAGUCAACAAGUAACACCUUAUUUGGUGGAAGUCAGGGGGCACAGGGAUCAGCUGUAAAUAGUUUUCAGUUUGGAAUGGCAACUGCAUCAAAUCCUGCACCAACAGCAUUUGGACAAACAUCUGCUGCUACAGGUUUAAAUUUUGGUCAGGGUAAUCCAAAGACAACUAGUGCAGCUCAAAAUACACCCAGUUUUUCAUUUGGGGUCGCAAGUGGGGCUUCAGGGCCAAGUUCAGCAGCAUUUGGAUCAAUAACUGCUCCAGGAAAACCCUUUGCCUUUGGUACUUCACAGACCGGUCCUGUUGGUGGUUUUAGUACCACAACACCUCAACCGUCUUUUGGUGUUGCACAGCCCAAUACUGGACAGUCCACAUUUGGAAAUAAAUCUAGGACACAGUUAAAUGCAUUUGGUACUUCCGCUGGAGCACCUUCGGGUACGCCAUUUGGUACCCAAGCGUCUAAUAGCACAGCAUCAGUUUUUGGGACAGCAUCUUUUGGAAACCAAUCACAGUCAGCUACACAAUCUGGAUCUGGUUUUGGUCAAAGUGGUUCAGUAUUUGGAACACAGAGUCAAAAUCCGUCCUCAUUUGGACAGUCUAGUUCUGCUAACUCCAGCUUCCAAUUUGGACAGACAUCCAACACACCUUCGACAGGUGCAUUUCAGUUUCAAACAACUCCAGCUAAACCCUCCAACCCAACUCCAACUUUUGGUCAAUCCUCAACUAAUCAAAAUGCAGGUUUUAACUUUGCUGCACCUGGAAGUACACCAUCUUUUAAUUUUGGUAGUCCAACUUCUCAAGGACCAGCACCUUCAGGCUCUUUUGGCACUCCGAGUACACCAAGUAAUAAUCCAUUUACUCCAGGUUCAACUUCCAAAUCACGGGUUGUUGCCAGAGCCUCUUCAAGACGACGAAAUCGACGCUAAAAUAAAAUGUUUAUAUUUUAAAAUAAAACUGUAUUCGUUUUUAUACUUACUUUAUCUACAACAAGUACAUCUGCUUCGGAGGUAGAAUGUUGAAACUGUGUAGAUAUGCUCAUUAGAUGAAUGUCUUGCCUACGAUCUAUAAGCAAUUUUCUGAUUAAACUAGAAGAGAUAAACAAUUUGAUUUGUUGAUGCGUUUGGACAGAAUAAAUUUGCUUUUAAUUGAGAUUGAUGAAACUUGGUGUAUAGUUUCAUUACAUGACUAAUAGAAUUUUUUCUCACGUUAAGCAGAGAUAUAAGCAAUUUAAUUGCUCAAAGCUUUACAAAGAAAUAAACAGGCAAGUAAUUAAUGGAUGUCAUCUGUUUACUUUCAAAUUGACAUAUGCCUGGCUUGUUAGCACUGCCAUCCUUUGUAAGAAAAUAAAUUGAUAUAAUUUAUUAAGAAAAUAUAUAAAUUGUGGAUGAAUUAUAUUAGUGUAUCGAAUUGAACAUUAAUGCAUUUGUUUAAAAUUGUAUAUUACCAUGUAAAUUGUAAUUGUAGAAAUUAUUAUUUUGUGUAUGAAUUGAUUGCAUUUAUAUUUAAAAAGCUCUAUGCACUUGAAGUGAGCAUAAGAAAGAACUAAAAUCUGAUUUCUUGUUGCGUAUUUCGUUAUAAUAGUUUUGGAACGUUUGUCCAUGUUUCUUUUCAGUGGGGAUAAUGGCAUACAAGAUUGUAAACUGCCAAAAUGUACAUAGCUUUAUUAAUACUAACACUAAAGAAACAUCCUUCUGUAUUUUGCAGUUGAAGUGGUCUGUCCCUACAAGUCCUAUUAUGAAAAAUAGGAUUACUUUAUUUAAAACUGUUGUUAUGUUAUUUAAGGAAUAUAAUACUAAAUGUUUGGCACAAAAUGACCCAUUUGGUGUUGUAAGUGCUAAGAUGCCUCAAACAUUUUCCUAUAUAUAUUUUAUAAAUUUGUUUUAAUAUCUUUUUAUUUGUCUUUGUAAGUUACUGGUAGUGCUAUGUUGUUGAUUGUGAAAAAUACAAAAUUAUUAUACUAACAUUGAACAUUUGAAUUUUUUGUCAAGGUAAAUUUUGAAUUGUUCAAAAUUUAAUUUACUGUAGAUAAUUUUAUGCACUUGUAAAUAAUGUCUGACUGAACUACAGACAGUUAACUUGGUAAUCUUGAAGUGGGAGUAUGCCAAUAUAUUGUUUCACAUUUAAUUUAUCAGUUAAACUGGCUGUGUUAUGUGGCAUUGCACAGGUCUAGUUUCUCUCCAUCUUUGUCACAUUCACAAAAAAGCAAUAAUCAUUGUUAAUUUAAUCAUAAAAUACUGCACCAAAUAGAAAAUAAAUUUUACUUAAAAGUUGAUUUAAAAAAAAAAAAAAUUUCUGGUGAUCUAUUUGUCAGUGAUGAAAGUAAAGUAUCUAGAUGAAAAUUAUAUUCAUUUAUUAUAGGCCUGCAUUGAAUUAUAGUUUUUUUUUUAAUAUAGAUGUUGCCUUUGUCUUCCACACUACAUUAUUUGUCAUCCAAUCUUUUAAAAAUAUAGAUGAUUUUUACAUUACUGAGCCCAAGACGCUUAAUUUCGUCUGAUCUGCUUUAAAUUUACAUGCAAUGGGGUGCAGAAUCUUAUUGAAUUCCUACUAUUUCUGUUCAUUACUUCUCGAGUUAGGGCACUUGCUGUGUGGAAACUUGUGAGCCCUCUAGCAAAAGAUGAUCUGCCUUAAACAUACAUUUGCAAGAGCUAAAACUGCCUAUUUCAGGUCUUUCUUUAGGCCUGAAAUGAUAUCUAAGUAUCCAGACCAUAAUCAACUCUCGAUUUCAUCGCUAGACUGCGAUAUUUACUGGAUUAAGAUGUGAUUUCCAUCUCAACUUUCAUUCAUGAAACGGAUAAUCGAGACUGUUUAUCAUGCCAACUUUAGUAAUGAUGAUUGAGGCUAGGCCGAAAUUCAGAUAGUAAUGAUGAUCUAGGCUAGGCCGAAAUUCAGUCGCUAAAUUCUCAGUUCAGCGUGGAUAAAUUUGACUGAAAUUUUCAGCAAAUUCCCUUUACAUUAUCUAGUUUAACUAUUAUAGUGAGAACUGCCAGCUCUUUAUCUAAUCUCCCAUAAUUUAUCUUCAAACAAAAAUUAAAUUUAUGGUCUUGGUUUCGAUUAUUGAAAUGGAUACCAAUUAAUGAGAGUUAUUGCCCUUUAAGUCAUAUCUUGUGAACAUGCUUUACAACCAAUCUCAUAUUUUAUGUAAAUGGAAAUACUCCCACUUCAAUAUUUCAAAUUGUAGUCUAAAUACUGAUUUUAGUUCCCCUGUUUUACUUUUGCAACACAAGGGACUCGGAUAUAUUUAAUCUUAUGUCUUCAUGUAUAGCUGAUAUUUUUUGCUUUUAAUAAUGGAUCAUUAAAAUAUUGUACAAAGAUUUAAUUAUGUAAAACAAUAAUUUUUUUUAAAAUGUUUUGAUUUCUAAUCAUAGUUCAAAAAUUAUUAUGUAUCAAUAUUUCAUCUAUUUUUGAAUUUAUGAAUCAUAAAAUUUAUUGUACAAUAAAUAUGGAACUUAA